UUACUUUUUAUUUAUUCUUCUGCCACUAUCCAGCACAAAACAGCACACAACCUUUGCUAGGUAAAUUCACAAAGUGAUUAAGGUUGUUCCAUUAGCUUGUCUCCAAAAGUAACUAUAGUAUUUCAAUUUCUUGUCUACAUUGCAUUGUAUUGUACUAUAAACAAAAGAGUGUGAACAAAUUAAAAGUACAAUUAUAUCCUUAGAUAUGGGAAGGGCUCCUUGUUGUGAGAAAGUGGGUUUGAAGAAGGGGAGAUGGACAGCAGAGGAAGAUGAAAUUUUGACCAAAUAUGUUAAAGCCAAUGGGGAAGGUUCUUGGAGAUCAUUGCCCAAAAAUGCAGGAUUACUUAGAUGUGGUAAGAGUUGCAGAUUGAGAUGGAUUAACUAUUUGAGAGCUGAUCUCAAAAGGGGAAAUAUUUCUGCUGAAGAAGAAAGUAUCAUUGUCAAGUUGCAUGCUUCUUUUGGCAACAGGUGGUCUUUGAUAGCAAGUCACUUGCCAGGCAGAACAGACAACGAGAUUAAAAACUACUGGAACUCUCACUUAAGCAGAAAAGUUUACAGCUUCCGAGGAUCAUCAACAACAACAAAUUAUAAUAAUACCAAAGAGAUUCCCUUGCAACAAGGUAUCGUAGUGGACACACCCCCCAAAAGAAAAUGUGGUAGAACUAGCCGUUGGGCCAUGAAGAAAAACAAACGCUAUACCCAAAAUGUUUUCGAAAGCCCAAAACUAAAAAGAAGCGAACCUUCAAUGGUUACGUUUCCACCCACCCCUGCAUUAGAGAGCGAGAAGUUGGGCCUUGAAAAUGGGCCAUGUUCUAGUAGCGAAGAUAGAAACGGCCCAAUUGGGUUACAUUUACCGUGCUUUGUAGGUAAAAAUAUUGAAACUGAUCGUGACCGCACGUUGGGACCUUAUCCGAAUGUUAUUAAUGACAGUGACGUGUUGGAUUUUAAUGAUAUCAUGGAUACAUGCAAGGUGGAAGAAAAAAGAGAAAACAAUGAUGAUAUGUUGGUGAUUAAUGAAAGAGUUGGGAACACAACAAAGGACCAAGAGAGUAAUAAUAAUUAUAAUGCAAUGAACAAUGGUUUUAAUGGGGAGUUAAAUUCUUCGGAUGAUAAUUGGGACUGGGAGAGUGUGAUGCCUUUGUUGAAUCAAAAAGAGCAAUCGGUUUCAUGGGAGGAGCAAAAUGAAAAUACAUUGACUUGGUUGUGGGAUGAUGAUGAAUUGGAAAAGGAUUUUCAGAGAUUUCGAGAGAUUGACCUUCACAAACAAAAUGCUAUGGUUUCUUGGUUUUUAUCUUAAAUGAACUAGAUGUUAAUUUUAGUACUUCACUUUUUAAACGUUUAGCUCUUAGAAUAUUUAGGGAAGUAGAAUAACCAAUUUAUUUUACACACCAAAAGGUAGUAUUUCUAUUUCGUUCGUGUAGUCAUGCACCAAGUAAGUGAUUAAUCAUUUAAUAAUAAUAAUUAAUACUCUCUCUUAAAAUAUUAAUAAGAUUAAGUUAAGAAAUGCUGAUGUAUUUAGUUUAAAAACUUGAACUAAGUUAUUUUUUUUGA